AGGAGACCCCGGUCGGCUACCCACAAAGCCCCGCGAAGAAAGCGUUCCGGAAAUGACGUACUCUGGCGGAGACUCGAGUGUGUCGUCACUCGAGUGCGCCGCACGUCGGGCUCUUUCUCUCGCUGCUGGAUCCGGCGCUGGGGUCUGGUCUUGCUUGCAAAAAUCUCCCAGGGACCAGAGAAGAGAGGGGGAUGUCAGACGUAGAAACAAAUGGCGUGUCAAGUUUGCAGGAAGAGAGAGAAGAGUGAAGUUCCGGGAGCCGACCGCGAUUGGUCGCGCAUUCUAUGACGUCCCACGGCAGAGGCCAAAGGGAUUCCUGGGGCAGCCUCGAGGGAAAGAAUUCUGGCGCGCAGGGCUGGGCCCUCUGUAUAAUGUAAGACCAGAGGCUUUAUUUAGUGAAUUCCCUGUAACCCCGGCGCCUUGGACAAAUAGGUAUUCAAGUGUUUGUUUCCUGAAAAAAUACUCUGAAUUAAUCUACUCACAUGUAAAAAAUAAUAACCGUCUGAGAAACGCCAGUAAUAACAGCCAAACGUUUGUUACAUUUACAGUGUGCCAGAAAGUGCAUUUUACGUGUAUUAUUAUCACAUUCCUCAGAACAGCCUAAUGACGUAUAUAUUACUAUAAUGCCUGUUUUUCAGAUGAGGAAACUGAGGCAUAGAAAGGAUAAUUUACUCAAGAGUGAGGAAGUAGCAAGCGUAAAAUCCAAAUCUUCUGCAUGUAGUAAUAGCUACAGUGAAGUAACUUUAAAUCGCUGUAGGUAUCAAUUAUAGUGUAAUUCCCAGGAAUUAAUUUACUAAGAAAUUUUCUCUUCUCUUUCACCAUUCAUGGAGAGAUAUAUACCCCUAAAUAUUUUGCACAUUUAAAACUUAAACUUGCUGGGCGUGGUGGCUUAUGCCUGUAAUCCCAGCGUUUUGGGAGGCUGAGAUGGAAGGAUUGCUUGAGGCCAGGAGUUCCAGGCCAGCCUGGGCAACAUAGUAAGACCCCGUAGCUACAAAAAAAUUGUUGAAAAAUUAACCAGGCACGGUGGUGCCUCUGUAGUACUAGCUACUCAGGAGGUUGAGGUAGUAGGAUCACUGGUGCCCAGCAAUUCCACCCUGCAGGGAGGUAGGAUCACCACACUGCACUUCAGCCUGGGCGACAGAGUGGGACCAUGUCCGAAAAAAUAAAUAAAUAAUAAAACUUGCAGAUAGGUUCUGAAUGUUUAUUGUAUGCAUCCUCUAUGAUGUAUCAUUUUAUUGGAGAUUAUUGCAUUGUCUACAAAAAUAAGAACUCUGAGGAUGCCAAAAGAUAAACCUUGAAAGAGGACUAGAAGUGAGAUCCUCAAGAAACAAAAAGCUGAGAAGUGUUUUGCAAUUUUUCUUAACCAUUUAUGUAUGUAAUAUUUUAUGUCUAGAAACUGAAUUUCAGAUCUGAGAGGAAACUUAAAAGUUUCUCAGUCUAGUUCUUUCAUGUUAGUGCCAAGAAAACUGAUCAGAAAGAGAUUACAUGACUUGCCCAAAAUUGAACAGUCCUAAAUCUGGGCCUAGGCAGGCAUCUGAGUGUCUUAAAUUGGAGUUAAAUGUAUUAGCAUCAUGGUAUUAACAUCAUGAUAUUCCAUAUCUCAAAUCCGAUUUUAUUUUCAUUACAGUAGUGAAAUAAGUGUGAUUAGUUAUUAUCCCCAUUUCCUUCCCUGGGAGGCACAUUGUUUUAGUAUCAAAAACAGCUAGCUUGUAAGAAUCCUGGGCUAGAAACCUGACCUCAUUUCAAGUUUUACUCUGUUGCACUGAGACCUUGGGUGAGUUACUCAGUUUCUCAGCCUCAGUCCCCUCAUCAGGAAAAUGUGGUGUUAACACUUUCUGUGAAGAAUGAUCAAAGGAGUGGAGAUUAUAGAGAUUAUAAACACACUUGGCACAGAGUAAGUUUAAGAACUGGCAGCUGGUUUUUAUAAAGUUAACAGUCAUAGAAGAGAGGAAAGGGCAGGCUUUGGAGUGACUCAGAGUUGGAUUAUAACCUUGGCUUCUUUAAUCACCUAGGACAUAUACUCUCCAACUGUAGCUUCCUUCCCUCUGAGAUGGAAAUUAUAAGCCAUCUUGCAGUGUUUUGAGGAUUGGAGUUAGUGUAUAAAAUGCCUCUUCUGUUGGCUCUCCUUGGAGAUUUGUCGUAUCCUAUUGAUUGUCAUCAAAGGAAAGAAGUGGCAGGAUGAUGGCAUAAGAGGGAAGAACCUUGAGUUUAAUAGUCUGAAAAAGUGGUUACAGGUUAUUGCUGUGCUUUUUUCUCUCUGUGGGUUUCUGAACCCAUCACCUAACCUGAAGCCUCUAACUUCAUCUGCAGAAAUGUUUUGUGCCAGGUAAGAUGUCUUUUUUUCUCCCAGUACUUCCCAGUUUAAAACUAAGGGUACUUCGUUGGUUAAAACUAAUUCUAUUAAUAUUAUUCUAGGUGCCUGUAAAGCAGAACUCUUGAGAUCGAAGGAGUGUUGUCUGAGGGAAAAAAAAAAAAAAUCACCAUUAAGAGAGGAGGAACUUGAAUGAGAUUUACAUACCCUCUCUCUUCCAAGGGAGGAGAGAAUGUUUGGUGAUGCCUGCCCACUCCUUCUGGGCAGACCCCUUGUAGCAUGGAACAUUGGAGAAUUUGCAGUCUGCUAACUGUUUCUGAUUUAGGAGGUUGGUGGGGAGGCCUUUUAAUUUGCAUUUCUAACAAGUUCUGAGGUGAUGCUUCAAAUAUGUCCAGGCAGAAGGGCUGCCUCACAGUGAUUUCUGCCAUACCACAUGGGAAUUGAAUUCACAGGUAUCUCUAACCCUUGAGCCUGAAACCAAAAGACUCAAAAACAAACACUAAGUGGACAAAGAAUAUCUCAGAAUUUCUGUGGAGACCAGUGACACGAGGGUCUCUCUCUUCUCAUCUUGGCACUUCAGAAAUCUCCCGAGUCUGGAUAUAGCAGUGGGGAAGGGUGGGGCCUCCCGUUGAUAAGAUUGUCACUGCAGAUAAAUGGAGCUUUCAAAUUGAAAGAAAGAAGGAGGGCUUCCCGUUGAUAAGAUUAUUGUCACUGUAGGUAAAUGGAGGCUUCAAAUAGAAAUAAGUUUCAGUUACAGAAAAGAAAAUAUCUUUGUUUUACACAUUUGAGUUUGCAGACCUAAGGUUCCUCCUGCCACACUAUCAUCUGUAACCCUAAGGCACUCAACAUUUUAAGCUAACGAUAAGGAUUUUCACUUCACUCACAGAUCCUAAGGUUUUAUUCACUAACAUUUUUAUUUGGUGACGAUAGUUGACAAGAACAAAGCUGUGGGGAACAAACAAAACACUGUGGUGCCUGGCAUUGCCACCUCACUAGAUUGUGAGUUCCUCUGGGACAGGGUCCAUACAUUUCCUUCUUAUCCCUCACUUAGCCAUUAGCAUGCACAGUGCUUGUAUUUAGUAGGUGCUCAAUAAAUGUUUGUGGAAUGAAUGCAUGAUGAACCAAAUCUAUACUGAGGACUCU